AGCGUGACAAUCGGACGUCGACCUUGGUAGCCGAUGCUAACCGCAGCCCUGUAUGCCGCAGAGCUUGCCGCAGAGCCAGCGCAGAGCCCUGCUCAGCAGCGCAAGCUCGCAACAGCUCGGCAUCGAUCGCAUCGCACGAUCUAACGUUAGCUCUAGCUAGCUCUAUCAGCAUCAUCAUCUAACUUCUAAAUCUAAGACUCAUUCAGCGAGUGUGCAGACCCUGACCGCAUUCGUCGAUAUUUAUUUUAUUUGUUCACCAUCGUUAAGAUCAUUCAUGGCUUAUCCAGGUGGAAAUCAAGGACACAACCCUUUAGCCCAAUAUGCUAGGGCGUAUGGGCCUCCUCCUACUGGUGCUCCAGGACAAGGAUACCAGGGGCAGGCUCCACCUCCUGGAGGCCAGGGCUAUCCAGGACAGCCACAGCAAGGUUUCCCACAGCAAGCUCCUCCCCAAGGCUACCAACCCCAGGCUCCGCCUACAGCUCCGGGCCAGGCACCACCCCAGGGAUACAACCCAGGGCCGUAUGGACAACAACCAGGUUACGGGGCAGCUGGUGCACCACCAGCACCUGGCCAGCCACAGGGCAUGCCCCCUGGAAUGAGCCCAGACAUCUACUCUUGGUUUGUGGCCGUAGACCAGGACAACACUGGCAAGAUUGAUUCCAAGGAACUCCAGCAGGCCCUCACCAACUCUAACUGGUCAAAGUUUGAUGAGGCCACCUGCAAGUACAUGAUUGGAAUGUUUGAUAAAGAUAAGAGUGGCACAAUAGAUGCCAGCGAGUUCUCCCAAUUGUGGAAUUAUAUUCAGCAAUGGAAGCAGGUCUUUGAUGGCUUUGACAGAGACAGGUCUGGGGGCAUUGAUGCUAGUGAACUCAACACAGCCCUUAAUCAGAUGGGCUACCGUCUAUCACCGGCAUUCAGCCAGAUGGUGGUCAACAAAUACGACACUGUCCACCAUAAGCAGAUCGGACUGGACACUUACAUCAAGAUGUGUGCUGUUCUAAACAGCUUGACCGCUGCUUUCAGGCAGAGGGAUACUCAGAUGACCGGAAGUAUUAAUAUCAAUUAUGAAGAUUUCUUAAUGGUAGUGUUAUCCUCUCAACCAUGAUGAAACUUAAAAAGAAAUUAAAAAAUUUUACAAUCUAGAUAAAAAAAAAAUCAGGGAGAAAUCAUGAUUGUCAUUUUAAUUAGUAAUGCAAUGAUAUCCAAAAGAAAAGCAACUGAUGAUAUUCAGAAUUGAAAUGCCUUAUCUGGAAACUUGUAGCCUGAUUGAAUUUAAGACAAAAAAAUGAGAUAAGCAAUUUGAAAAAAGAUAAGGAAAAUGAAUUCAGAUAAAUAAACUUGAAUGUAUCAUUCCAUUUGAACUUUCAGACCUAAAAGUUAAGGACAGGAAGUAGUUUAAACCUGCAUAUUUUUGAAAGAUUGUAAACUUAUGUUGGACACACAUGUAAGUUGACAAGUGGUCAGUCAGUCAGUUGCAAAACUUGCAGAAUGAAAUAUGUGUAUGUGUAUUUUUAUUCAAAUGCUUACAAGACUUGGCAUGCAGGUCAGUUACAAUGUAGUUCUGAAUUUAAGAUGCACACCUCACAUUUUUUUAAUGUGUUGGUUUAAUACUUCAUUGCUAUGGUAACAUUACAUCUAUGCGAUUAAAUCAGAGAAAAAUGCAGUUUCCAUCUUUCAAGUAGGCCAUAGAGAUAUUGAUUACUUGUUUUUAGUGACAUUUCUAGCCUGAUAUAUUUUUAUCAGUCAUCUUUUGUUAUAUAUUUGAGUGAAAUCAAGUCUUGCCAAUGAGAAUUCUGUUUGAUUUCAGCAUGAUGAAAAUUCCAAAUCCAAGUUGAUCACCGACAUUUUACUUUAUAGAUAUAUUAUAUAUCCAUUGAUUUUUUUAUUUAUUUUUUUAAGCAGAAUACUAUCUAAAAGAAUAAGUACAUGUAUAUAAAGAUAAUGCUCAUCAUCCCACACUUUUUGUUGAACUAAUGUUCUUUUUAAGAACACAUUCCAAUAACAGCAGCCCCCCCCCAAAAAAAAAUAUCACGGUUACUUCUGACAACCUACUGCCUAAAUAUGUAAAGUUUGAUAAUCUUUAAAAUGGCAGUGAAUUAGGAUUUUCUGUGGCUUUUUUUAUGGUAUAUUGUGAAGUUCUCUAUCAUUAUGAUGCGCCAUCCAUUUAUUGGAGUCAAAUUUUACCAAAAUAAUACAAGGCCUAUUCAUGCGUGAUACUACUACCCUGGUCAUCUCAGAGCCACCCAAUAAGGGCAUUCAAGAAAUGCUUUACGCAACCUACUGCCUGAAUCUGCAACAUUUGAUAAGCUUUAACAUAGCAAUUAAUGCAGAUUUUCUAGGACUCUUAGCACUUUUAGCAAAAUCGCCCCAGGUCCCUGUAUAAUUUUUUCCCCAAUGUGGAAAACUUUCUUGCUGAUGGAAAUGCUUGAAAUCAGUAUCAAACCACAAUCCUCAGAUUAAAAGGUGAGAGACAGAACCACUACACCAUUAAUCAUAACUUUAAUUCAACCCUACAGACCGGGCUUUUCAGAAAUACUAAGAUUUUUGUUUAUAUGAAUUAAUUAUGCUAAUUUAUGUGUAAAUCAUAAUUUGCUAACAAUUAGUACAAAUGAAACGAAUUCUGGUUUGAAAAUGAAUUUAUGUAUUUUUUUUGUAUUUUGUGUUUUAACCUUUUUUUUGCCAUAUAUAGCAGAACCUUUUUGAAGCAUAAUUAUGCUAAAAUAAACUAAUUUCAUCGGAUGAAAGUAAAAAUAAUCAUAUCUUUACAAGUUGAGAAAAUUCAAUUUACAUUGACUUUGUACACAAAAUCAUGUUUUAGAGCAAUUUGGGGUCUUCAAGACCCAAAGAAUUCAAAGUAAAAAGUCAGCGAGUGGUGCGGUCGAAAAAUUUUGCACAACGAAAUGGUCGCGGAAAAUGUCGGCAGUUUUAGGGUUAACAAAUACAUGUGAAGAAAAACAUGCAAAUGUGUCUACAUGUAUUUUGAUUAUUAAGUCAAAAUAGUGCAAUAGAACUUAAAAGUGAAAAUAGUUAUCUUAAUUCCUUUUAACAAAAUGUGUGUAUUCUUAAGGUUAUGUAGUUGUAAUGGUGAUCAUUUAAUGAAUUUCGAAAAAAUGUUUUUUUUACAUUGUAUCAUAUAUUUUGUGCAUUCUUGCACAAUGAUGAAAUGAAUAAAAUUAAGAAUAUAAUUCCUACAUAUAUUG